GCCUCAAAACUAGCUAUAGACAUGGCUUCCCUUAACCAUUUCUUGGUUAUGGCAUCUAUUCUUUAUCUCCUAGCCUAUUCUAGCAAUGCACAACUUUCUCCCAACUUCUAUGACAAAACUUGCCCUAACCUUCAAACCAUAGUGCGCAAUGCAAUGAGGCAAGCUAUUAGUAGAGAAGCCCGGCUUGGAGCCUCUAUACUUCGUUUGUUCUUCCAUGAUUGCUUUGUUAAUGGCUGCGAUGGAUCAAUCUUAUUGGACGAUACUGCUACCUUCACUGGCGAGAAAAAUGCAGCACCGAACCAAAAUUCAGCUAGGGGCUUCGAUGUUAUUGAUACCAUUAAAACAAACGUUGAAUCUGCUUGCAGUGGUGUCGUGUCUUGUGCAGAUAUCCUUGCACUUGCCACAAGAGAUGGAGUAGCCCUGCUAGGAGGACCCUCAUGGGCAGUCCCUCUGGGUAGAAGAGAUGCAAGAACAGCAAGCCAAAGUGCAGCAAACAGCCAAAUCCCUUCACCAUUCUCAGACCUCCCCACUCUGAUAUCAAUGUUUGCAGCAAAGGGUCUAAGUGCACGUGAGAUGACCGUGCUAUCUGGUGGCCACACAAUAGGGCAAGCACAGUGUCAAUUUUUCAGGACUCGCAUAUACAACGAAACAAACAUUGAUUCCAAUUUUGCCACUACAAGAAAGGCUAAUUGCCCUGCUUCUGGUGGAAACUUCAACUUGGCUCCUCUUGAUGCCCGCACUCCAACCCGUUUUGACAAUAAUUACUACAAUGACCUUGUGGCUCGCCGUGGUCUUUUCCACUCUGAUCAAGUGCUUUUCAAUGGUGGGUCACAAGAUGCUUUGGUUAGGUCUUAUAGUAGCAAUAAUGCUGCUUUUUUCAGUGAUUUUGCUGCUGCUAUGGUGAAGUUGGGCAAUAUCAGUCCUCUCACUGGGACCAGUGGGGAGAUCAGAAAGAAUUGUAGGGUUGUGAAUUGAUCAUGCAUGCAUCUAUAUGCCAUUUAUUUCAUGUUUGUGAUUUUGUGAGCUGGUGAUAAUAAC